UGUGUGUGCGUUUGUGGCUAAAUGCGUACCUGUUGGCUCGACAACCUGAGGUCGGGAGGACUGGGAACUAUUCUCCGUAAUUAUCGCGGAUGGAGCAUGGUGUGUUAGAUACGAAUAGAUUUAAUAUUUUGAUCGAUUUUUGAUUUACCUUUAUAGAGACCAGAUCGAUGAUUGAUCAUAUAUAGGGAAGACGUGAGGAAUAUCGGAAAACAUAUAGGGAAUACGUACUUUCACAAUAUAGGGUUAAAAGAAAGGAAGUGAGAAGGAAUAUAGCCCUGAAACGUGGGGUAUGGCGCGCUGUCGCUGCAGGGGGAAGCUGCUGUGCAUGUGUCUGCUGCCCUGCAUGAUGACUGGCCACCUCGUCAUCUACCUCCUGGUGUCCAUCUUCGUCACCCUCUCCUACACCCCGCCAAAGAUCCUCCAGCGCUACGUGGCCCCGGGGGCCUCAGACCCGGGCCCCUGGUCCCCCUUGCCCCUCCAGCCCUUCUGGAACCUGCAGCUGGAGCGUGCCCUGUGGAACCGGCUGCAGCACGCCUUGGACCGCCGGCACAACCCCAUCCUGAACGCCAACGCCACGAGCUCGGACGCCAACGCCACCCAGCGGGACUGCCGGGCGGGCCUGCCCCCGGACGGCCCGGCGGACCUCCCGGAGCAGGUGCGGGCGUUCGUGGGGUCCAUGCACCGGCGGCGCUACCCUCUCAUCAUCAACCAGCCCAACGUCUGCGGCCCCGACGGCGCCCUCACCCCCGGCUCCCCCGCCCUCCUCAUCGCCGUCAAGUCCCAGGUGGGGAACUUUGAGAACCGCCAGGCCAUCCGCGAGACCUGGGGCCGGCGGGGGCGGGUCACCGGCCCCAUGGGAAGGGGGGUGUGGGAGGUGCGGACCGUCUUCCUGCUCGGCCGACAGGACGCGGGCAACGGGCCGCACCCGGACCUGGGCCGGCUGCUGGAGCUGGAGAACCGGCAGCACGCCGACAUCCUGCAGUGGGACUUCAGGGACACCUUCUUCAACCUCACCCUGAAGGAGCUGCUGUUCUGGGGCUGGUUCGAGGAGCACUGCCCCACCGCCACCUUCGUGUUCAAGGGGGACGACGACGUGCUGGUGCGGACCAACCGGCUGCUGGAGUACCUGCAGCACCGGCUGGACGAGCACCUGCUGUGGCGCGGCCUGCAGAACAACAGCGACGCCUCCUUCGACCUGUUCGUCGGGGAGGUCAUCAACAACGCCCGGCCCAACCGCGAGCCCAACACCAAGUACUACAUCCCCGAGAGCUUCUACAGCGGCGUGUACCCGCCCUACGCCGGCGGCGGGGGCGUGGCUUACUCGGGCUCGCUGCUGAUGCGUCUGAAGGAGGUGUCGGAGCUGGUGCAGAUGUUCCCCAUCGACGACGUGUACCUGGGCAUGUGUCUGAACCGCCUGGGCGUGGCGCCCAGCCACCAUCCCGGCUUCUUCACCUUCGACCUGCCGCGCUACAAGAGGACUAAGCCGUGCUCCUACAGGUCGGUGCUUCUGGUGCACAAGCGGACGCCCAAGCAGAUGCUGCUGCUGUGGCGGGCGCUGCUUGGACUUCCCGGGCGCUGCUGAGCUGGAUUUGAUAUUCAAAUGUAGGGCUGGUGCCCUGCGUCCUCUGAGGCACGAGAGAUAGAGGCUGGAGGGUGUCGGGCUGCGUGUUCAAAGCAGCCAGACAGACGUCAGACAUGCCAAUUUGUUUGACUCAGGUUCAGACACCCCCCACCUCCUCCCGAGUUGGACCUAUUCAGUUGAGCUGUGUCUGAAUCAAGAUCAACACGGCUCUCUGUCUGCCUUAGUGAUUAAGGAAUGCUUUUCUGAGCAGCCUGGGCAUUAAGGAAAUGAAAAAUGUGCACGUUUUAAGAUCUCAUGCUUAACUCUGCUUUUCUGAAUGUUCAUGAUAUUUUUUUUACCUUCUAUAUACAUACUCAUGUUAAUUCACAUGUGUAUAUAUACAUAACAUUCAUACUCUAGUUUAUGUAUUUUGAUAACAUACAUACUCAUGUAUAUGUACAUAUGCAUAAAAUACCUCUCAUGCAUAUGUAUAUAUAUAUAUAUAUAUAAAUAAAAAAGGCAUGCUCAUAUAUAUGUACAUAUGUUUAUGCACAUCUAUACAUAAUACACAUAGUUAUAUGUACAUAUACAUAACAGAAAUAUACAUAUACAAAAACAUAAACUUAACAGGAUUACAUCCAAACAACUGUUGGAGCAAAGUAUACCAUGAAAGCAGGCAGUGGACUCUCCCAGUGCUUCCAAUCAACUCCUGAAUGAUCCAUCCCAUCCCUGCUAGAGUCCCGCCACUAUGAUCGUUUAUCAGAUUCCAGAUGUCAGGUGGUCUUUGAAAAGUUUUCUGUUUAUAUAAUGAAUGCAAAAUGUGAUGUGAUUAGAAAUAACCCCACUGAACUAGGAUUUAAACCGUUUGCUUUAUCAGUGGCACCCUUGUUAAUUAAUUAGAUUAGAAGAUGGAAUAAAAUGUUUUUCUUUACGACCGUUA